AGAAACUUCCUGUCCCUGGGGUAAACUUUACAAAUGCAAUUUGUGUUAGCCUUGUUAUUUUAACUCAUGUUCCUGUAAAGUUUAGCGGGGUUUUCGCCAUUUUCGUCCGAACGACCGGAACUUGGAGGCAAUUAUAUAAAGAAUACUUACCAGAGGCAACUGUUUAAAAGUUUAUGUUGGAGCCACUCACACUGAGGCUGACUGCUGUAAAUGGAAGGCAGUUGCUGAACGCGGAAUUGUGGCGUCAGGGAGAGGGUAGAGUCGGCUCAUUGGAUUAUCUGCCAGGCGACGUAAAGGGGGAGGGCGCAGAGUUUAUCUGAAAAAAGUUGCAGGUUGUUGGUGCCAAAGGAGUAGGAUGAGGGAAGCGAGAAAGACAUACAGCAUCCGCUGGGAAAGGGGCAAAUGAAAUCCAUGCAUACUCUGGGCUCUCUCAGCCUUUCCUAGAAGCGGCGCCUACAAUGGGAGACGGCCUGUCCUCCGCGGAUUGUAACAUUAACAAAUCAACUACAAUAAUAUUUGUUAAUCCUGCAAACGGGGUAAGUCCAAACGUGCCUCAGCAAGAGUUCUCUGAGCAGUGGGUGAUAGGCAUGGGCACAGUCAUGGCAAUCAUCGUCCUGACCAUAGUCCUUGGCAACCUUUUGGUGGUUUUUGCCAUCGCAAAGAACCAGCGGCUACAGACGUUAACCAAUCUUUUUAUUGUAUCCCUGGCCUGUGCAGAUCUGAUUAUGGGUUUAUUGGUGGUUCCUUUCGGUGCGACCUUGGUUGUUCGAGGUAACUGGCUGUACGGUUCGGUUUUCUGUGAAAUCUGGACUUCAGUCGAUGUCCUAUGUGUGACCGCGAGCAUCGAAACUUUGUGCGUGAUUGCCAUAGAUCGAUAUAUCGCAAUAACAUCGCCGUUUCGCUACCAGAGUUUACUCACGAAAGCCAGGGCACGGGUGAUCGUGUGUGUGGUCUGGGCCAUCUCUGCUCUCAUCUCUCUGCUGCCCAUCAUGAUGCACUGGUGGAGAGAUGAUGACCCAGGCGCCCUUCGCUGUUACAAUGAUCCCUGCUGCUGCGAUUUUGUAACAAACAAAGCCUACGCCGUUGCCUCCUCCAUUAUUUCCUUCUACCUGCCUUUACUGAUCAUGAUAUUCGUCUAUGCCCGAGUCUUUCAGGAAGCCAAAAAGCAAAUGAAGAAGAUCGACAAGUGCGAGGGGAGAUUUUACACAAGUCACUUUAUCCCAAACGGCAGGUCAGCUCGAAGGAGACCGUCCAAGAUUAUAGCCAUCAAGGACCACAAGGCUCUGAAGACUCUGGGAAUUAUUAUGGGGACGUUCACCCUUUGCUGGUUGCCGUUUUUUCUGGCAAAUGUGGCGAAGGCGUUCCGGACUGACAUAGUGCCCGACAAACUCUUUUUAUUUUUCAACUGGCUCGGCUAUGUCAACUCGGCGUUCAACCCCAUCAUUUACUGCAAGAGCCCUGAUUUCAGAGCGGCCUUUAAAAGGUUACUCUUCUGUCCCGGCCAGGCUGACAGCAGAUUCUACUCGGGCUCCGGGGAAUUCUCCCGUUGUUCGGGAAUGUUUGGGAGCACUCUGGAUCCCAGGAGCUUGGAGACUUGGUCAGAUUGGAACAGGGCACAGGAGGGGAACGGAAGCCAUUUGGACAGACAGAGGGAGGAGAACCAGCGACCUGAAGAUGAGGAGUCGCAGUUCUAGCACAUCCGACCGAAAUGGAGUGAGGGAACCCGUCAGCAAAUGCCAGUUUAUGGACAUAAACAUAAGUUUCCGUUAAAGGGGUGAAGUCAGAGCAGGCAAUCGUUCCUGGCAAUAUUGGAGAAGGGAGGGCAAAGAGAAGGUACUUCACAUUAACACUAAGAUUUGGAUUCCGAGCGACCACAGAAUAUGAAAGAUGCUCGAACAGGGCAGGCAUUAGCAGGACUGCGGUAACUUGGACAGUACAGAAGCGAGCAGCCACGUUAGGUCACUUUUGCAACCUGAAUGGCGUGUCUUUGUUAAAUUACAUUCCACAAUGGAAGGAGAUUUCCAACGAGAAUGAAACAGGAUCGAUGUGGACUCUCAUAUUUACAUGAACGAUUGCCUUAUCAGACCUGCCCAUGUUACUAGAAUGGGGGAUAGUAAACACAGUCAUUUACUUAUGUUGCCUUAUUAUUUUAAACAUUUUGGAUUAUGUGUAAUAAGUUGUAUUAUAAAACAACUUAAGUACACAAAGCUCUACUUACUAAAGACAUCCAAGAUUUUUUUUUAAAAAACUAAUUAUCUGUCCAUUACCGGUGCCUGACUUUACACUGUGUUGGAGAUGACACUUUAACAUAUCGAUGUUCAAGAAUUGAUCGAGCCGUGCUGCCAAAUUCGUGAAAACCUUUUCACUGUAAGAUUGUGUUUUGAGUAACACUACCUCCGGCUGUACAGAUUGCGUACAGAUCUAUUUAUAUUAAACAUUGUUUAUAUUAAACAAACCGCAUUUUAUAUAUUUAAAAAGCAGACGAAGCGACGCACAACCUCAGAGUUGACCAUGAUACAGAUGGACGAGCAGGGGUCUAUUACUUAUUUAAAUAAUUUAAAUUCCACGGAGGACCAACUUCACUUCACGUGCAGUUUCCCAAGUGUUGAAAGUUCUCCAGUAUGAAGAUUAUCUGCGCCAUGUUGUAACUUUGCUUAUAAAUUUUACAGCUAAUCUUAGUAAGGACAGAGCCAAAAACUCCGGGUAGUUUUUCGGAAACAAAUCAUCCAUUUCGGUGAGAGUGGGUGCAGAAAAGGGAACUCGUGUUUAUUGAUGUACUGUAACAUUUGCCCGCUAAACCAAAAACUAAUGCGUUUUCCCACCUACUCCGUAUAAGAUUCACGUACAGCUGUGUAAUGUAUUUGUGACAAUGUCUGCUUUCUCGCACAUAUUUAUAUAAAUACAGCUCAAUAAAAUGUGUGGAUAUUUGGUAAAUGUGCAAUAAACAUAAUGAAACAUU